AUGAACUAUAAAACUCGAGUCUCGUUUAGGGAAAAAUCCCAAUCUUCAGUUAAUCUGUCCUGUAAAUUCGACUCUUGGCGUAACGACAACUGUACAAGCGCAAUUGAAUCCGAACACUUCUUCAAAGUACUCCAAAUGAACUACGCUAUCAACGUUUCACAAGUCGCCACGGACGCUCUCUCUACGCAUGGGAUCAUCCCAGAUGUGAUCAAAGCAUCGGGUUUCAAGCCCUGGGGGCUUUUGGCUGCAGAAUACUCUGCAAGUGCUCCCGUGGCCAUGGGUAACACUCUAAAUGUGGAGGAAGCGCAACUCAAGCCCAAAGUGCACUUCACGCUGGACCCCAAAUCCGAAUUCAAAAUCAAGGACUCCGAUCUGUUCACUUUGGUUAUUACAGACCCAGACGCUCCUUCCAGAACCGACAAGAAGUGGAGCGAGUACUGCCACUAUGUAGAAACCGACAUCAGGCUCCCCUUCGAAUACUCUCACGGCACUAGCUCUGCAGUGCCCGAUUUUGUGGCCUCUGAAUUGACUAACGGUAAAGCACUGGUAGAGUAUCAUGGUCCAGCACCUCCAAAGGAUACGGGUAAGCACCGUUACGUCUUUCUGCUAUACAAGCAGCCUGGAGACUCUUCUUCGUUCACAAAAAUUGCCGACAGACCCAAUUGGGGCUUUGGCAUUCCAGCUACGGGUGUUGAUAAGUGGGCCACCGAAAACCAUCUUCAACUGAUUGCUGCCAACUUCUUUCUUGCCCAGAGCAAGUAA